CUGCCCGGCAUAUGGUAAAUGAAAAAUAAUUUUCAAGCUUUGUUAUCCAUUAAUAAUUAAACAACUAAGGAAAAACAUUUACUGUAUCACAACAAACGUAAGAUAGUUUGUGUAUAAGAUGUAUAAAAAGAUUACUACAAAUACAAAAGAUAAAUAAAAUUACAUCUCAGUACUGAAAUAACCAAAAUCGUUGACAAUGAAGAAGCCAAGGCAGGUAAAAUCAAAAAUGAAAGCAGAAAAGGAAGAGCGUGAGAUGCAAAAUACAGUUAGUGGACCUUGGGCUUUUCAGAAUUUCGUCUGGAAGGUAUUCGUUCCUACUUGUGUGAUGGCUUUUGCAGCAGUUUUAGGCUACAAAGGUUACAUCGAGACACGUGUUAAUACUCCAUUUAGCAGUGAUAAACUAGCGGAAAUCAGUCGUUUGGAUAAGCAUGAUUACUAUUGGGGAUCAUAUAGGCCACAAGUGUACUUUGGUAUGAAGACAAGAGAGCCUUUUUCGCUAGUGACAGGUAUGAUGUGGUACUUUCCUGCUACAUUACAAGGAGAUGGCAGGGGCUUUAGACACUGGUGCACACAAGAGGAUGGUCUGAAAAGAUAUGGCUGGAUGAAGCAUGAUGGAAAGAAUUUUGGCAUUCAAGAAAUUGUUGAUAAUGAUGUUUUGAUCAAAACUUCUUUUGUUAAAAAUAUUCAUGGGUUGAACGGAGGUGACUGGACUGCUAGAAUUCAUGUAUCAAAAUUAAACUUAACAAAUAAUAAUAAAAAGAUGUCACUCAUAUUUUAUUCUGCUAUUGAGGAGAAAACUAGUGGUAAUAUCAAUCCUAUUAUUGACCAGUUAAGCAACUCUUUGAUAGGCGUCGAUGGAGAAACUAAAGAGUUAGGAUUUUUCAAUUUGAACUUUAAUGUUAUCAAAGGCUCUGGCAUAGAACAAUCAUACUUAGUAACAGCAGCUCCAAGCUUAAGUUUGUUGAAGGAAACUGUCUUUCAGAAUUUGAAGGCAGUAAGGCAAAAGAAUCCUAGAGAACCAAAAAUUGUAUUGCCAGGUGAAGAGCUUAGACUCAAGAAUGGAGAAAUGCUAUCACCCAAUUUUAUAGCAACUCAAAUAACAGCUGAACUACCUUUAGAACUGGAAGUUAGAUUUGAAAGAAAUAGCAUGAAUCAAAAAGAGAGUCUCACAGGAGAAACUUAUGAAAAUGCCUUGAUUAACUAUGAAUAUACCUUUGAUGAGAAGUUUGAGAAGAUUUUUAAAUUGAAAACAAAAGGCUACAAGGAAGAUGAAAUUAAUUUUGCUAAAUUAGCUUUUUCAAAUAUGAUUGGUUCUAUCGGUUACUUCUAUGGUUCAGCUCAAGUACAGAGUAUUUACACAGAUGAUCCAGUACCAUACUGGAAAGCUCCUCUAUACAGUGCAGUCCCAAGCAGAAGCUUUUUCCCCAGAGGCUUCUUGUGGGAUGAAGGUUUCCAUGGUUUAUUACUUUCAAGUUGGGACUUGGAUGUAGAAAUGGAUAUUAUUAGUCACUGGUUUGAUCUGAUGAACGUUGAAGGUUGGAUUCCUAGAGAAAUGAUUUUAGGUGAAGAAGCAUUAGCCAAAGUACCAAAUGAGUUUGUAACUCAAGUCAAUACAAAUGCUAAUCCACCAACAUUUUUCAUUACACUUCAAUAUAUUUUGGAGCAUAAGCGAGGUGAAUUACUAUCCAAGCAUUUACAUCUGCUUGAGAAACUUUAUCCAAGAUUGCAAACAUGGUUCGAAUGGUUCAACACUACGCAAAAAGGAGAGCUUGCAAGUUCUUACAGAUGGCGAGGUAGGAAUGAUCAGGUAACAAAAGAAUUAAAUCCAAAAACUCUAACUUCUGGUUUGGACGAUUAUCCAAGAGCUUCUCAUCCAUCUCAAGAUGAACGUCACGUCGAUCUUCGUUGCUGGAUGGCUUUGGCUGCAAAAGUUAUGGCUAUUAUUGCUGAUAUCUUGCAUAAACCAUCUCAUAAGUAUGAGAAUACCUAUGAGUACUUGUCAGACAACAGACUGUUGAAUGAACUUCACUGGUCACCCAAUACUCAUAGCUAUUCAGAUUAUGGCCUUCACACAGAUAAGGUAAUACUCCAAAGGCCAAAUCAGCCUUCAAGACAAAUUCAACAUCAACAAGACAAAAUAAGAGUAGUUUUAGAGAAACCUGUGAAUAGAUUUGUAGACUCCUCAUUUGGCUAUGUUUCUCUAUUCCCAUUAAUACUUAAAGUCAUAGAUCCUAGCUCAAUUCAAUUGCAAAUGGUUUUGGAAGAUCUCAAAAAGCCAGAACUUUUGUGGACUAAGUAUGGUUUGAGAUCUCUUGCGAAAAAUUCACCAAUCUACAUGAAACGUAACACAGAGCAUGAUCCACCAUACUGGAGAGGUGCUAUUUGGAUGAAUUUGAAUUAUCUAACUGUAGCUGCCUUGCAUCACUAUUCACAGGUUGAAGGACCUUACAAAGCAGAAGCUCAAAAAAUCUACAUUGAUUUGAGAAAAAACCUGAUUGCCAAUGUCAUUAGUCAAUAUAAGAAAACGGGAUAUUUAUGGGAAAAUUAUGGAGAUAGCUUAGGUGAGGGUAAAGGUAGUCAUCCUUUCACUGGAUGGACUUCAUUAACUGUUUUGUUGAUGGCGGAACUUUAUUAGACAGAAUGGGAUAGAAAGCUUGCAAUCUUUGCCUUACUAAGUACAUCUUUGAAUUGUAAAGUCACAAAGUAAAAGUAGAUUUUGAAAUAAUUGAGAAAUUGAAACUACAUAUAUAACUUUUCUAUAGAGCCUUUACAAAAUGAAGGGAAAUAUUUAAAUCGCAAAAAUAACUAUUAAUUAUUUCAUGUAGAUUGAAGUCAAUUUUCUUGACUUAAUGUAACACCAUUUCACGACCAUUAUAUGAUGUGUGAAAAACCAACUAUGUACUUUUUAAAUUGAAGUAUUUAGUUAAUAAUUGAAGCAUUUUAUUUUGAAGUAUUAUGUAAUUUUUUGAGCUUAUAAAUAUCCUGCAAUCGGUGCAUUUAUUUGAUAUAACUUGUUUUACACAAGUAUCUUGUAUUUAAAGUGUUCUAGAAAAACAAAUUUAUGUCUGUAAAUAUGAAUUGUUUCAAGAUUGAGGGUGUAGAUUAUUGAACUUGUUGAUCGUUUACUCUUGAAUUAAAGCGAUAUAUACGAUAAUUAAAUAUUAUAGGAAUUAAGCUACUCUUAUACUGCUGUAUAAGAUAAACUAUUUUUAUCAUUAUUCUUUCACAUUUAACUUUUGCCAGAAAGUCUCUUUGAAAAACACAUUUUAAUAUAAAAUUAAGAAAAAAAAUUCCGAUUGAUCAGUUUUUAUUCGAUAUUAUCAAUAACAACAUAAGCUACCUCGUCGUUAUUAUUUAUCAUAUCAUAACAAUCUAUGAUCUUGAAAUUUGAAAAACUUUUAACAUUCAAAGACUGAAAAAUUAUUGAAAUAUUGUUAAUGGAUGAUAUGGACAAAAUAUAUCAAUAUAGUGAUAAAAAAAUCGCUGUGACAUUUAAUAUUUUAGAUGUGAAUAAAAAAUUGCUAAUCAAUCCAUGAAAAAAAUGAUUCACAAAUGAAAAAAAAAAAUUUUUUUCCGCCUAAUUUUUAUAACAAUCACGUUGAAAAAGAAAAGCUUCAAUACUUUUUUCUGUGAAAAAUGAAACUCUUAUCAUCUUAUAAAUUUUUAGAUAAAUAGAAUAUUUCACGAGUUGCAAUAAUCAAUUUAUGAGCUUUUCUGCAUUGAUAAAAUUUUAAUUUUACAUUUUAACUCUUUAACGAACCAUAACGUGAUUAUAAAGCUGCAAGUAGUAAUACAUAAGAGUUAAGUAUUAUUAGUUAAAAAUAAUCAAAGAAUUUAAAGUUAGACUUUCUAUAGAUUCUUCAAUUAGAAUUAAUUGAAUGUAAUAAUGUGUAAAAUGCUAUGGUGAUUAGUUUUAUGAUGGCUAAAGGUCUCACCUAAGCUAAAAAUAUGUAACUUAAGUUUCAGGAGCAAUAUAAAUAAUGUUUAAAAAUGUUUUUUUUUAUUAAUUGACUAAUAAAGAAGUAAAAUCAAUAAAAGAAAUCGUAGCCCUAUUCAAAAUUGUCCUUCACAAUUUCUACUUU